AGAUAAACAUAAAAAAUGUAGCGGAGGACGCGUCUGUGCUUAUUGCUGUGAAAAUAAUUUACAAUGUGUAUAUAAUGAAAAUAGAAAGAAACGAGGGCCGAAAACUCAACGGACAAAUAAUAAUCGUGAACUACGAG